AUUAUACAUAUCUAUAGCAUUCGGUUUACUUAAAAGUGAAAUUUUAAAAUGAUUUAGACUGUAAAUCCUAGGGUCCUCAAAUUUUCUAUUGAAAAUGCAUUUUUCAAAUUUAAGCUUAACCAUAACUUUUGUUUUUAUUAUUUAUUAUGCACGUUUUAUAGAGGGAAAUCAUUCAAAUAAUUGGGCUGUACUUGUAGAUACUUCUAGAUUUUGGUUUAAUUACAGGCAUGUAGCGAAUGUCUUGUCAAUUUAUAGAAGUGUGAAGCGUUUAGGAAUUCCAGAUAGUCAAAUUAUAUUAAUGGUUGCUGAUGAUAUGGCUUGCAAUCCUCGGAAUCCCAGUCCUGCAACUGUGUAUAACAAUGCAGACCAACAGCUUAAUGUUUAUGGUGAUGAUGUUGAAGUUGAUUUUAGAGGCUAUGAGGUUACUGUUGAGAACUUUGUUAGAUUACUAACUGGUCGUUUGCCACCUGAAACUCCACGUUCUAAACAGUUAUUAACAGAUGAAGGUAGCAAUAUAUUAAUAUAUCUUACGGGGCAUGGUGGAGAUGGUUUUUUAAAAUUUCAAGACUCUGAAGAAGUUACUAGUCAAGAAUUAGCUGAUGCUCUUGAGCAAAUGUGGCAAAAAAGAAGGUAUCAUGAAAUAUUUUUCAUGAUUGAUACUUGUCAGGCCUCUUCAAUGUAUGAAAAGUUUUACUCUCCAAAUAUUUUGGCCAUGGCCAGUAGUUUGGUGGGAGAAGAUUCACUCUCACAUCAUGUUGAUCCAGCCAUUGGAGUGUAUAUCAUUGAUCGAUAUACUUUUUAUGCAUUAAAAUUUUUAGAAAAUGUCAAACUAAAUAGUCGUAUCAGUAUGAAAAGUUUUCUUGGUGUUUGUCCUAAACAAGAUUGUAUAUCUACAGUUGGAGUACGAACAGACUUAUUUCACAGAGAUCCUGCCAAAGUUCCUAUAACUGAUUUUUUUGGAUCAGUCCGACCAGUUGAAUUUACAUUUAACAUUUUAGAUAUAUCUGAAACUCCUCUGAUUUGAUUAAAAAAAAUUAAUUUUUGUACAUUAUUUUAUAUUGUAUAUUGUUAUCAUAUAAUUUAAUAUAUUCAUAUUAUUAAAUCUGUA